AGAAGAACAAAUACCAGCCAGUAAAAAGCAAAUUUCAGUAGCAACAUCUGUAUCUUUUGAAUCGUGAAUAUCAACUCAUCAUGGAGACUACAACUCGGUAUGGAGCUUGUGGAUCACGUGACUAUAUGUGAUAUCAUGACUAUCGAAACACCUCAGUGCCUCGGCAAGUUGGAUCUGAUACAAUUCAUCAAACACUCACAAGUGAAGAAUUGCAACAAUGGCAAGCACAGCAAAGGCAGUGGCCUUCUCGCCGGCUCCUUACCAUAUCAUCACCUAUGGAACUCUACUUGGAACGACUUUCUUCCAUACCUUCAUCAAUGGUAUCGUGAUGUUCAGGACGGUCGACCGCCCUAGCUUCUCUGCCAUCCAGCAGAAGCUCUUCCCCAUCUACUUCGGCCUCCAGACUGUCUUGCCCGGUGUCCUAGCUUUGACAUAUCCCGGAAACACACUAAUUGGUCUGUCAAAUGGCCCUGCUGGCUUGGUGUCGGAGUUUGCCCGCUGGCACUCCCUGCUACCUAUUAGCAUCAUGGCUUUGACUGGGGCUGUCAAUCUGCUCGUCUUCCUGCCUUUGACAGUCGAAGUUAUGAAGCAGCGACGUGGCCAAGUCAAGCGAGAUGGCAAGGAGUGGUAUGCUGAGGGACCUCAAAGUGAUCAAAUGAAGGCUCUGAACAAGAAGUUUGGCAUGCUCCACGGUAUCUCAUCCUUGUUCAACCUCAUCACUUUUGCAGCUGCUGUUGGUUACGGCUUCACUCUUGGUGGUCGUGUUCUGUCCGUUGCAGACCUUGCUUAAACAAUGCACUAUUCAAAAGUGAAUUCGUGUUGAACCUCUAAAUUGCUAGAAAUGCAAAUACUAUUCUCUGCCCAAUCUAUCUAUCCUGUAUUCUCAAUCGUACAAGCCAGAUCUCUAAUGUCUAUUCGUAGUGUCGUAAAUCGUUGAACUCUUGGUAUAGCCCUGAAAACAAUGCGCCAGUUGGUUUUUCAUCACGUGUAAACCGAUACAGCUUUAAAGUCCUCCAUAGGUGAAGUUUGGGGCAGGUGGCCUAGAACCGCCAUGAAGAACGGAGCUCUUCCUUGGCUUUCUCGAAGUCUCGCAUGCGCUGAGCCUUGAUCUCUUCCUCGUUGCGAGCAUGUUGGGCUCGGCGCUGGUUGGCCUCGAUUUGUCCCUUGGUGGUCCAUCGGCCAGGUUGACGAUCAAGCAUGCUUUGGAUGUCGAGUUCCUCUGUAGGCUUGGGGAACUCGCGGUUGAGGGCAGGAAGCUUGUGUCCAGCUUGGUCGAACUCCUCGCCCUUGAAUCCAGGGGUUGACACAGGGGUUGUCUCUGUGGAUUGUGUCUUGUGAAUGCUAAAAUAGCUGUUGGCGUUGCCAGAGGUAGGGGCUGCGGUUGUUGGCGCAGUGGGAUUCAUUUUGUCAGGUGUUUGAGUGAGAUGUGAAUUGGUUUGGGUCUCGAAGCGUUGAUGAUUUUUGUGUGAUGAGUACGGUCAAGAAAAUGUAUGUGUGAGACAGUCUUUAUAUAGGUUUUCAGGGGAUAGAUAUCCUGAUAGCUGUGAUAUCGUGACGAGGUCUUGUGACUGGUUUCGGAGUAUGCUUUGCGCGUGUUUGCUCAAAAUAACGGCACAGAUUGUACGAGAUGAUGAAAGUUUUAAAUCAAGAGUCAAGAUAAAGGCAGCUCGACACGGUUUUGUAGAUAUUUAUAAUUACGCUGGUAUCCAUCUGGGUCUGCUAUCAAUUCUUUCUCUUUCUUAACCAAGUGGAAACUCCUGUCGUCGAUCAGAAAUGGUGUGGGGCCC